AUUAGCUGCCGGUUCCACAAAAGUCAAGUACAGGUACACCUCUUUGUAGGUGCACGUACUAUGCAGUUUUGACCGUUAGCCAAGGGUGACGGGCCUAGAAAAUACAUAAACCCACUAGCUUUCCACAUAAUUGCACUUUGCCAGUCACAUUCCGUUACCUUUUCCGCGUUGCCCCCCGCGCAACUGCAUACCAAUCGCAUUCUGGUUGAACUCCAGUAUCCGGUUUGAUAUUCCUUACCGAGCACAAUGGAGGAGGACACUUUACCGUUCGAUGGGCCAGUCGGAUGUGUGGAAAAAGGAACCUUGAAUGGCGUUCCUCAUCCGAAGCAACUCCCAACACACGAGCACACUGGGCACGACCACAUCAUCCGCUGGAAUGAGGAGAGUUCGAAUCUUCGGGAAAUCGUCCCCGACAAGUCCGGCCCACUGCAAGUUGAGUGGGCACGGUUAGGUUAUAAACUACAACGGUCAAAAUCCGAGGUCCGCGAGAAGUUUGCGUUGUUAUCCGUGCAUCUUGCAGUAUAUCUCGGGCAAUAUGUCAACGUCAACGGCGAGAACGUGCCGCAAGUACUUAAAGAUGGGUGGGAGAACUACUUGGAGAAGAAAUCCUUGGCAACUGCAAAAGUAGUCGGGAAUCCCGACGAAGAGAGGCGCGAAGUAUCACUGGUCUAUGGACUGCUGGAAUUUGCUGAUCACCUGACACAUGCUCUCUAUGACAAGUGCGACCUAGAGAAGACCGUCAAUGACAACAGUUUGCAGGUACUUGUUCGGGUCCUUCGUUGCGUUUUCACGCCCAAGGACGAAGGUGAGUCCGAAGAGUCAAACAGAAUGCAGAUCCUUGAGUCCUUAGGUACACCCAAACUUUCGAAGUGGUGUGCUGACAUCACAAUCUUCUUGUCACCAGGCCGCCGCCGGUCCAGUGGUGCGCUAGAUUUGUCGAGCGGUCAAUUGAAACCAUGACGCACGAAGAAGCUUACCGAGGGAAUUGCCUUUCUGUUGCAAAUAUACAGCACAGUAAGAUUGUAUCAUGACGGUUCAGCGAGCUUUUUGUAUCUCCAAUUGAAGCCGUACAGUGUGAUAGGUAAUAUCGAAGACCCAUCGUGGUAUUGGGCUCCCUGUAUCAGCUUCCGCAAAACUAGUAAGAUUCAAUCGUUAUGGUGCUGUUAAGCAAUUGCUAUAAGUAGAGGUGUAUUUCCCUCAA